GUGCUCGCCUUGUUUCUGUCUGGCACCGACGCCGUAGCAGCGUGCACGUGAAGUCCUCGCGUAUCCGUUUGGCUAUUAAAACGUGUUUUCCUCUCAGUUUAUUCAUAUCUCUCGUCAGAGUACCAAGAGGCGUCUUUUCUGCGCCGGAGAUAAAUCAUCAGCAGCUUCUGUCUGUCAAGCUGGCGAAGAAAACUGAAGCACAACGUCUACGAUGUCACAGGCCACCAAACGCAAGCAUGUUGUGAAGGAGGUUCUUGGAGACUUUGUCACGCCUGCAGAAAACCAGCAGAUUGUGAAGGUUAUUGGCAGCCGAGGCAACAACCUCCAUGAGACCGUCACCGCUCGGGGGGAGACCUUCCUGGUGAGCAUGCCCACCAAGUUCCGCAAGAACAUCUGGAUCAAGAGAGGAGACUAUGUGAUUGUGGAUCCUAUUGAGGAGGGAGAGAAGGUGAAGGCAGAGAUCAGCGCCAUUCUUUAUAAAGACCACAUUCAGCAUCUGCAAAAACUACAGCUGUGGCCAGAGGGUUUUCAGGAGGAGCCAUCAUCGCAGGAGAAGACAGACAGAGAGCAGGAAAAAGGAGAUGAGAGGGAGGAAAAAGAUGAAGAGGAAGGCAGUGGCUCUGAGGAUGAUGACAGCGACCUCUUUGUUAACACCAACCGUUCUAACUACCACUACAGUGAGAGUGAGGAAGAGGAGAGUGAGGACGAAGAUGAAGAGGAUGAAGGAGAACGGACAGAAAACAGCCCCUAGUGGGACCGUUCGGCACAGACAGUUGGUCGUGGAAAUCGUGGGACAGUUCGCUCCACUGUACAGCUGUUACUGCUGAUGGAUUUGGUGUUAAGACCCUCAGCUUCACUUUGAUGUAAUGGCUCUCUGUUGCAACUAUGUUAUGGAGGCCAACUGGGGACAAAAAAUUGCAUGAGUGAAUAGACCCAUUGCCCCUCUGAGUUGCAUCUGCUUUUUGGGAUGGGGUAGCGGUUUAAAAGGAGAAUCAGCAGAUUUCUAGCUCUUGACCUUUUGACUCCUGCACUUGAACAUAAGGAAUGGAACAUCAUAACAUAAAGGCAGUCGCAUUAUAAUUUCUAUAAUAUUGACACGAAUCGAGUGAUUUUCACCCCCCCCCCAUGUGUUACCACACAUCCCACACAAGGAGACUUGCAUCCGCUCAUAUCUCACUUCUUUUCUUUUUUUUUUUUUAAGAUUAUUUUUUUGGUAAUUUAUCCUUUAUUAGAUAGUCAGACCCAGGCCACUGUGUAUUAUGUGGUACACACUCUACACAGUGAGCCGCUGGGGUGGCCUCACAUCCAGUUUCUAAGGACAAAAUGAAUGUGAAGUCAGAAUUGUCCAAACCAGUUUUUAACUUUUUAAAUUACUUGUCCUCUGAAAAAUAUGGCCACUAACUACUUGAACCUUUCCCACCUCUCUGAGGCUACAGAAGCUGUUGAAGAACUGGCUGUAUUGAAGGAGUCCUUUAGAUAUUCAAGUUAAUCAUCCCAAUAGUCUUGAGGAUGUGGCAUGAGACGAGCCCAGGAAAAACCUUACCAUUGAGGCAGAAGGCACUGAGGAAAACUUUGAAGGUGUUUUAAUUCUAACAGUUGUGCUAUCACAUUGUGUCUCAUUGUUUUUCGCUCCACCUUGAACCUCAUCCUCAUAAAUGACAUUCCUGACUUAAUUAUAGAGUUUGGCUCAUGCUGUGCUGAAGUUGAUAGCAGUAGAUUACUCUUGAUCUAUGUGUACAACAGAUAUUCAGCUCUAAUGUCACUGAAAUAAAGAAUUUCUGUUGUCUCUUUCGGUAAAGGCUUGAAGACCCUCAUUUCUCUUUAUUUAAGAAUUCAGUUAUGUACAGGAGGAUAUGUCUUUUUAUAGAUUGUCUUUAAUCUGUUACUCAUUUUAAAGAAGUGAAUUGCCUUCCUUUGCUUCUAGAGCUGAGUUAUGAUUGGCUUGCAAAAUAAAUAUAAACAUCAUGGAUAUGGAAAUGA